UCAUUCAUAUGUUUAGUUAUACUAUAUAAUCAAAUACUUAUGUAAACGUGCUUCUUAACUUUCGAGCUUCAAGUCAUUAAUCAAUAAUUCAUUAUUGUUUUACUCAAUGUUAAAAGUUUUACUGCGGCCUUUUCGGAACACGGAGUUUAGUUCGAGUUAAGAAUCUGGAGAACGUGCAAUCAUAAAGUAUGUUCAGUUUAAAAGUGGAACAGAUUGUCCUUCGUCCUUCAUCGGAAGACAUAGUAACGAUCAUAAUUUCAUUCAAUUCAUUGCCAGCUCGUCUUAACUGCGGAACUGAAAACUUAAUGUGUGCGAGUUUUCUUAAAACUUUCAGUGUUAUAUUCAGAGCCAUGUUGCAACAUUUGUGGCAUUAGACAAUGUUUACUGACGAGAAUAUAGGUUGAAGAAUGUGUAUCCACAUUGUUCAAAACUGAUUAGAAUGAAUGCUUAAAUAAUGACUUUCAGAAAUAUUAAACGAUAAGACAUAAAGUGUUAUGUAGAAGAACGUAAAGAAAGAAAAAAACAACAAGGGCUAUCUGCUAAGGACAGAAUUUACAAAAGGAAACAGCCUUUUACAAAUAAAAUUAAAUUGACGAAGUUACGUGCUCGAAGUAGAAAGAUACCAGAUACCAAUCCUUGCCAUAACGCAUUUUAAAAAUUUUAAUCCAGAAAAAAUUGUUAGGUGUACCAGUAUUACCUCUUACAUGUUUUAUGUUCCCGAACUUUCAAUCUAUUGUGCAGUUACAUAGCUUAAAAAAACAAGUGAAGAGUUUCAGUUCUAUUGAAUUAAUAGAAUUGUCUAUUCUCUUCGAAGGUUCCCAAUGUCUCAUGUUCCCAAGUCUCAUGUUGAAACUACUUUAGCCUUCUUACGCCCAAGAAAUUUUGCGCGUUAUCAACUUGCCCUGAAGCAUCUAAACAUACAUUUUGCAUUAGUGACCCCACAGGCACGGUUUACGAUUCAGUUGGGGGGAAAAUCAGAAUCAUUAUGUCCUUAUCAAGUCUACCCCCUCACUCUGUGCUGUACUGACUAAAAUCACCUUAGCUUUCCGUGACUGCCUUUUGUCAGGUAAAUACCAACCUUAUCUAGUCCCCAUAACUAGCUUGGUGUAACGUGUGGGUGUUAAGCAAGUCCAAUACAAUAGCGCUCUAAAAAGCACGCCCAGAAAAAAAGGGAGAGUCGCACACAAUCUUAACCGCUGUGGGGCUUCCCUGAUUGUUUGGGUCGAAAAUGUGGAGUGCUCGCUUUCUUAUAGAUCGAUUUAAAUUCCAGACCCCAGUUUUAGUCCAUUACAAACAGCUAUUCGUCUGCUCCAAGUAGUUCAGCCUACAUGCUCCGGAUGGAGGUCUUUCACACCGUGAGACACAGUCGACCCAACUUACCUUAUCGCGGAUUUCUUGCAAGGAAUUAUCACGGAACAACCUUCUGCAAUACCAACAAAACUGAGCUUAAGAAACUUCUUAGGAUUUGUUGGGUAAAAAGUUAGACUUUGAGAAAAAAAGUAUUCCUUUAAUUAUCUCCCAAAUUCAAAUAAAAGGAUUUAAGUUGACGUAUGACCACGUGAGCACAUAAUACAGCGCAUUAUUGUGGCAUUUGGAUCGGAGACCCAGGCUGGCUUCGGCUGUGAUUACGCUUUUCCACUUUCUGUUAAGAGCCAGCUUUUUUCUUCUAAAGAGAUUGCACUCUGGGCGCUGGAUUUCACAUGAAGGGAUAUAUGCGAACAGGGAGAGAUGCUGCAUUUAGCGGAAUGGAUUUUAUUUUGAGACUUUGUCCUAAAUAACAUUUACACAAGCAAACGCAGAGACUGUACAAACUUUCGGUCUACCCGAAGAGGCCAUUGGAAGAAGAGUCACGUGACACCGGGUGCCAAUGUUAUUCUAUAAGGGUGUCAAGACCCUGUCAGUUUGCGAAAUAAAUAUUGGGAAGCAACGAGAUGCAAAAAGCAACAUACUACGACAGCUCUGCGAUUUUCGGUGGUUACACGUACCAAGGAGCAAAUGGUUUUAACUACAAUGCCAGCCAGCAGCAAUAUCCGCCUUCAUCCCAUGUGGAAAAUGACUACCACCGGCCUGCCUGCUCUCUACAGUCACCUGCAAGCUCUGCCCCUCAUCACAAGCCCAAUGAUCUUAAUGAGAGCUGCAUGCGAACCAGUGCCAACCAAACGAGCCAUCUCCCUGUUAUUGCAGAGCAACAGAAGCAGCAACCACCUCCACCACCCCCACCCCCACCAUCUGUAUCCCCACCCCAAAAUGCCAGCAACAACUCAAAUCAAUCUAGCACAAGCAAAAACCCCACACUUACCUCACAAACCACCAUUAGUAAACAAAUUUUCCCUUGGAUGAAAGAGUCACGCCAAAAUGCCAAGCAAAAGACCAGCAGUUCUAGUUCAGUUGAAAGUUCUGCUGGUGAGAAAAGUCCUCCUGGUCCAGCCUCCAAGAGGGCACGCACAGCAUACACCAGUGCCCAGCUGGUGGAAUUGGAGAAGGAGUUUCAUUUUAAUCGCUACCUUUGUAGGCCCCGGAGGGUCGAAAUGGCCAAUUUGUUAAACCUCACUGAAAGACAAAUCAAAAUCUGGUUCCAGAAUCGUAGAAUGAAGUACAAGAAAGAUCAGAAGGCAAAAGGUAUGCUAACUUCCUCUGGAGGACAGUCGCCAUGCAGAAGCCCCAUCCCGCCCUCAGCGGCGGGAGGAUAUGCAAACUCGAUGCAUUCCUUGGCGACCAGUGCACCCUAUGAUCCUCACUCACCUACUUCCUUCAGCAAACCUCAUCAAAAUGCAUAUGGUAUUCCUACAUCUUAUCCUGGGCCUCUCAACAAUUGCCCACCUCCACAGAAGAGAUAUGCUGGGACAGCAGCUGUGACACCUGAAUAUGACUCUCACCCUCUUCAAGGUAAUGGCAGCUAUGGGACUCCUCACUUACAGGGUAGCCCUGUGUAUGUUGGAGGGAACUUUGUAGAAUCCAUGCCAAGCUCUGGGCCUUCUCUUUUCAGCUUAACCCACCUUGGCCACCCUCCCUCUGGAAGCAUGGACUAUAAUGGUGGAGGGCCAAUGACCAGCAACCAUCAUCAUGGACCUUGUGACCCACAUCCCACAUACACAGACCUUUCUUCACACCAUCCGUCUCAGGGAAGAAUUCAGGAAGCACCCAAACUGACCCAUCUGUAAUGGACCGGUUGGCUCCUGGUGUACUAUCACUUUCUUAUGCAUUUAUGUCAUCUUAACCUUAUGAUUACAUUUCUCCUUUCACCCCCUUUCUCCUUUUUGAUUUAGUAUCAAUCUUUAUAGUUUACAUGUAAUGGUGUUUCUAUAGACAACCAAUCCUUGCUUGUAUUGCUCUGUCUCUGGUUAGUGGUUGUUCUUCUCAUGGACUCCAGCCUUAGCAUUCAGUAGUAGAAGUGAAGUACUAAGGCUUCCAGAACUUUGCAUAUAUAAUCUUCUACUCUUAUGGAACAGGGUAUAUGAACAAAUUUUCUAAAAAAAAUACCUAAACGUGAAUUUGUUCGUGCUUUAUUUUUCCUUAUGAGGAACAGUAAAAUGGUUUAUAUUGCACUUCUUUACAUUGAAUGGUUAAACGAGAUCAAUGCGCUUGUACAGGGUCUCCCUGGGCAAAUAGGAGUUCUUGUCCAUCUUUCAGUAUGUGUGUAUGCUGGUGAACAUUCAAAUUUAUUUAUUUGCUCUUUCAAAGGAGAAUAAUCUAAGUGUUUAAAAUAUUAUUUAUCCCCAUUGACACAUAUUUAUAAAGAAAACUGUACAUUAACUAUUUACUUGGUUAUGUUCAGCCUUGUGUUUUAAGUCAUGGUAAAUAUAUGUUUCUUUUUAAAUUCCUGUAAGAUACACAGAAAAGUAGUUUUCUGUCCAUAAUGUAAUAAAGGAAAGCAAUUUGGUCAAUUGUGGGAAUAAUGCCAAGAAAACAGAAUUUAGUCUGUAACUGUAGUAUUCUUAAAAUGAAACACAACAUUGCCACAAUUUUGUUUUAGAUAUGCAUUCCAUGCUGCAAAUGAAAUACCCGUUGAACAGCUAGUUCUGAAGAAUAAAUUUUUUUUGUCAGCAAUAUUGUGUUGCUUUGCUCAAAUCUAUGCACUAUUUUCCUUCUGAAAUGUUUGUAAAAAUGCAAACCAGUUCAGCAACACACAGUAAAGCACACAGCCCUGUAAUCAGGUUUCCUUUGUGUUGUGUGGCUACAACCAAGUCUUCCACCCCCACACUGUAACAUCAUCCAUUUUCAUGUGGCUGGCAUCUGUCUCCAAUGCUGCAUUUAUUGAAGUCCAAAAGGGAAGGGACUCUUUCUGCCCCCCAUGUAGGAAAUGAAAAACUCUACAAGAAAAUGGUAUUGGAUUUAUUAUAUUUAAUAAUUAAUAAUAGUUUCUUUGAUCAAGACAAAUACACACUACAAAUAAAAGGUACAGAUAGUACACUGCACAGAAAAUAUUUCACCAUCCGAGAGAAGCCCAGCUAUUGUUGCCUCGUUCGUUUUCCAACGUAGAAUGCACGUGCUGAGAGGAGAAAGAGAAAAAGAAAAUGUCAGGAUUCAGAAAUGUUUGUCACUCAUGGUUUUAAAUUAAUAUCUGAUUUAGAAACACUGUUGGAAAAGAUUUUAACUCUAGCUGAUGAAUGCAUAAAAUUCGAAUACAAACCGGUUCUAAAUAAUGAAGAAAGGAAAACAGUCAUACAUUCGGUUGAGACAUUUUGACACCGACCGUUCAACAUACAAAAAGACUAGAACGAACAUUGUUGGCUUAUUUAUUUUAAAAUGUCCUUUUAAUUUUCAAUGUUAAUGAAGUUAUCACUUAUUACCUCAGCUAUAAUAAGUUGCACCUAUAUUAUAAACUGUGAUGUAAACUCCAUACAGUAAUUCAAUAGUUAAAACAAUUAAUGUUAGUUCAGGAUUUUUUUUCAUCCCAUUGUAUGUUUCCCCGCGUCAAGAACUGAAAAAUAAAAGUAUCCGGAUUAGA